UUAAGUAGUUUAUAAAAGCAAGUUUUUUUAAUACUUUUUGUUGUAUUUGUGUAAAUUAUUAUGAUGCGAAAGAUAAUAUUUUGCAAGUGAUAAUUUUGUGUUGUUCAGUUUAAUAGAUAUGUGGGUGUAUGUGGUUUGCGUAUAUGCUGGAUAAAAAUACUGACAAAUUUUUAUCCGAAAGGGUAAGCACUAACUAAAUAAUUAAAAGUUAAAACUGCUGUUUAAAACGAUUGAAAAUAAUUUCUAAUGUGACUAAAAAAGAAGUUUUAAUAAUUGUUAAGAUUUAUUUUUUUGAGUUUACUCAACUGUAAAAAGUAUUUAAAACUUUAAUAAUAUACAGGGUGCACCUCAAAAGUGGCUCAUCCCAAUGACAUCUAAGUGAAUUAGACCCGGCGACUUACAUUUUGCUGAAAUUCAUCAUUAGCCUACAAAAUUGCAUGUUUGCCAAACUACCAUUUCGGCAGUAUUUAAAGGGAAUGUUUCUUUCGUACUUACGUAAACAUAGCUAAACCACGAAUUCCAAAUAUAGAUUACGACGUAGUAUACUUUAAAAUGAUAAUAAUUAAAGGUCGCAUAUCAUCACUAUAUGACUAACUACUCCCAAUCAGCAAUAACCGUUAUUUAAAUGUUCUCUAAUUAUAAAAUUUAGAUUUUAAGAAAUUGAACACAAAAGAAUCGGCAAUGUCGACAUUCCAGCUGCUGCUGAAAACGUACGCAUCUUACUCCGCUCCACACAUACCCCACUUCACUCCGUAAUUUUGGAUUCAUUCACAUAUAAAUUAUUCUGCAGUGUUGUAUUUUUUCUCAAGUGAUUACGAGGUGUUUUUCGGAUAUUUUAGUGUUUUGAGGUGUUGUGUUUAUUGGUUUUAUUGUGCAACAUUAAGACAAUGGUGCGGUCUUGUUUAAUUUGUAAGAAAAGAGACGAUCUAGACCCCGAAGUUUGUUUUCGAAGUUUUCCUGUAAAUCCCGAAAAAAGGCUUAUUUGGCUUUCCAUUUUUGGUAUUGAAGAUGGUCCGCAUAUAUCAAAAAAGCCUGAUAUAUGUUCAGAUCACUUUUCACCUUGUGAAGUACUUACUCGUGCUGAUGGGAGAAGGCAUAUUGAUCUUGAUGCCAUUCCAGCCACUAAUACAUCCAUUUUUGAAGAUUCCUCUUCUUCCAGCUCUGAAAAUACUGAGGUACUUACGAUGACUGAGGGUUUUCCGAGCAUAAUAUAUUGUGGUCAGGAUAGUUUAAUGGAAAAUCUUAUGGAGAACGAAAAUGAACUUUUGCCAUCGACUAGCAAUGCGGGUCUUCCAAGGGAAUCACAUACAAUUUUGGAGAAGAUGCCAUCUUCUUCUUCGUUGAGUGCAGAAACAGAAUCAGAAUCAGAAACAGAAAAAUUGGAAAGAUCGUUUGAAAAGCAAGCUUCUUCUUCCCCAUCUUCAGUUUUAAAUUCUACUGAGAACCUACCAAAACAACCUUUUAUUAGAAGGAAGAGAAAAUACAUAGGAGACAUGGGAAGUAGUGAUUUUUCUACUCCAGAAAAACGCAGAAGAAAUUUGGCAUUUAUUAAGAAACGUUGCGCGAGUCAACGAAAAAGAAUUCACAAUUUACAGAUGACAGUAAGACGAUUGAAAAACAGAAUUACAUCCUUAAAGCAGUUACUUAACUAUUUAAAAGAUGAAUGUCUGAUAACGGAGUUAAGUUUAUAAUAAGAAAAUGUUACAAUAUCAAUAGGAUACUUGUGGGAUGUGAUAGAGAAUAAGGUCUGUCCAACGACAAGAUCCUUGACAGUGAUAGAUGUGUCUCUCGUUUUAAUUUCAAAGUAGUUUAUUUUAUU